CACCAGCAGCUGUCAGGAGACUACUAGCUGGGCAGCUAGAUAACAGGGAUAUCUGACAAUGCGAUGGGUAACUGCUGGGCAUAUUGUGUCGGGCUCUUCAGGAGAGAAACCAGCAGGAUCCAGAGAGGAGGCGGGUCAAAGUACUUCAGAAGCAGUACAACAGGGGAGCAUUACACAAUAGAGUUUGAAAAUCUGGUGGAGAGCGAUGAGGCAGAGAGUCCACAGUCCUGCCCGAGGCCCAUCAGUGAAGAUGAGAUCAAGCACCUCAAAGAGCACCGCUACGCUGCCAUCUCAGACAAACAGAGGCUGAUCGACCAGAAGCUACAAGUGGAGUUAGAGGCACAAGAGGAGAAGUUGAGGCUAGAAGAGGAGGCUAGAAAUGCCGCCCAGCGUGAGGCCUCCAGGUUGGCUCGUGAACACAAAUUGAAGGAGCUGUCUGCCCAGAGGAAACGGGGCAGAGCAGAUGGCUCCGGAGGUGAAACUCAGCAAAGAAAACAAGCCUCUGGGGAGGAUUUUGACGUCUACCUCCAGAAUGUUAAAGCCCAGUCGGAGGCUUUCAGGAGCAACAGACUGCCCUCUGACACAAACGUGGUGACUCCUAACACAGAGUGCAGCUGGGACUUCACUACCAAGACACGCUCCACCAACGACGACGGGACCUCACUGGAUCUGGAGUGGGAGGACGAGGAAGGAAUCAAUCGUGCUCUUCCAGCCUGGGAGAGGUCGCGGACGGAGGAGGACAUCUUGCGCGCAGCCCUGAGGCCUGGCAGCAAGCAGAUGAACAGCGGGCCGACCUCAGCCUCCGAGGACUCCAACGCGCUGGAGUGGGAGAAUGAUUUUGUGAGUACACAUCCAGAGGACAAUGCAGACACUGAAUUUGAAGGGUUUGUCAACCCUGUCCUAGACACUCCGUCUGAGGACACGUCGGACUGCAGCCUCAGGUUGGACAACCAGGACAGAUAGUGUCCAGCACCAAAGGAGACGUUUGUUGUGUCCACUUCAUGUCGAAGCUCACCAGCUUUUCGCCUCAUGAAACAGAAAUGUACUUGCUCUUCAUAUUCUGUGACAUGAGACUGUUAUGCUGCGGGAAUAUGUUGUGUUUCUCUUCACUACUGCACAGUGUAGUGAUGUUUCUAUCAAAUACUCAUUUUUUCAGUGCCUUCAUUCGCCAAAUUAGCCGACCAUUUUAUGCAUUGUAACUUCAACUGAUCAGUUUCCAUCCAUUACCAUAUGACAAGGUGUUAAGUGAGUGCUUAUUCUCAAUGCACAGCAUCAAGGCAAUCAAACAGAAGCUGCCAAGCUGCUGCGAGGGGAGCCUUGAAUGCAGAGUGCUGCUUUAGGUGGUGGGGACAUGGUGUGUAACUUGUAUAUUUCAAAUUCCUGUCUGGAAACUUGUCCUCUACAUUUGACCUGUUCUAACUGUUUAGCAGCAGUUGACAGCCACCAGCACCUGGGCACCGCCUGCAGCUAAGUCCCGCUAAGGCCAGUGCCUUUGUCAGUGGUCACAAGUCACAAAAACCUCCAAAAUCUCCUCUAAUGUCUCUUCAGUUUUAUAAACCUGCAUGAUUGGGGAAAAAAGGAACGUAUGAUAUAUAACCAUGCCACAGCUGCUGAUUCCAGGAUCUGGGCUGGUGAUAUUAUCUUAUCCUCAAAUGCUCUUCUGAAUCUUGGAUCGACUGCACAACAUCAAACUGUUUGAUUGACAGUAAUCCACAAUAAACAUUGCCUGGGUGCAUGGCACUCAUUUUGUGAUAUGCUGCAUGCACUAUGACGAGAAAGCUGACCUCAUUGCAGUCACCACAGUACUGGAAGGCCUAAUAUGAUGCAGAUUAAUGUUGCCGGUAGGGGACUGUUUCUCAUGUUUUAAUAGAUCAGUAAUUAGAAUAGCUUCCAGGCUCCAAACAGCUUUCAUAUCUGAUUGAAUGUGUCCACCUCUCAGGGCUAACAACCUUGUGUUCAGAAAAAUGAAACUAAAGAAGUCCAAGCAUGAAAAACGCUUUCACUGUGCUUUUGCAGUAGUAAGAUCAAUAGUUUUGUGCUUCUAAAUUUACACAUUUCCGUUAGUGGACAGAGAAUUUUUUUUUUUUUUUUUAUAAAACAAUGUAAUUAAGCACAUGCAUUGACUCCUCUUCGUCUGCUUUUGGACAUCUGGGUUUCAAACAAGCCUUUUUCUUGUCUUUUUUUGACAGAUUAUAUUAUUAUAUCUUUUUUAUGUCAAAAUCAAUAGCACAGAAUAGCAAUAUCAUUGCCAGGAACCAUGACGUCCUCAUCAUAAACAUUACAGGUUAUAUUACGGAUUAUUAAGGACAGCAGGUCUUUGCGCAGGUCUUUUCCAAGUUUGGAAUAAAACAUACUGCAAAUAGGAAGGUCUUGUUCAUAAUUUGCCAGCUUCUAUACUGUCCUGAAAUACCAGUAAUUUUCUCUUUUUUUAUGGUUUAAUUGAAAGUAUGAAACCAUAUGGAAAUGAAAAAUCUUGACAUUUAAAAAGCUGCUAUUAGCAAUAAUUGAAUAAUUGGGUGGCACUAACAUUUUUCACGUAAGUUAUAAAUCAAAACAACUGGGCAAAAAAGCAAAAUGAUUAAACUGUUCAAUAAAAAAAAUGGUGGAACUUAAUCUGAGACAACCUUCACUAAAUAUAAGUAAAAUGUAUUUAAUCUGACAUGAAACCACUCAACUAAAACAUUGACAGAUCAUGAUCUGUUAAUUGAUUACUGCUGAUAUUUCAUGGAGUCUGGAUGAAAAAAAGAAAAGAACCAAACAUGAAAAAGUCAUGUUCUAUAAUUGAUCCAAUGCUGCUGUUUACAUCGUUCUAGUUAUUGUAUGUUACAUAAUUUUUAUAUCCACCAGGUACAGUCAAGCAUGAGUGUCUGACAUUGAUUAUUUAAUCUAUUUGAAUCAAAAGUAGUUCACUGAUUUCACUCGUGAGGUGUAGAUCUUUAAUUUGCUGUUAGACAUUCACUGAACUGAUUCACUUGUGAGAAGAGGAAACCGAUCGGACAACUGUGCACUGUUGUAGGAGUGUGUAGAUGAGACACGGGUUGAUUUGCAGAGUGUAAUUUAAUGAUGAAUUGUUUUGAGCACAUUUGAUUAUUAUGUUUUGCUGUGAUGACAUGAUCUCUGAUUAAUCACUGUAACUUUCUGUACGAAAAAAACAAAAACAAAACAACAACAUGUAACUGAACAUUCCUUGUCACACUGAGCCUAAGAGAAAAAAAAUAAAAUUUAGAAAAAUGUAUUGACAUCGCAUUACAUCACACUGUAAUGUCAAAUGGGCAUGGGGUGUCCCGUACAGCAGGAGUUGAUACAUCUUUAAAGGUGCAAUAUGUACGAAUUUUAGUUGAGGAUUUACAAAAUAAACUAAAGGUAUCAACAGAAUGUGACAAAAUAACAUACAUGACAUUAUGAUGUCCAAAAGAAGCUCGCUUGCUAACCAGCUAGCCUUGUUCCAUCUCGAUCCAAAGCUCUUGACUAGCCAUUUGUCUUCAUAUAAACCAUAUAAACAGCAGCUCUCACCCAGUCCUCUGAGCUCUCAGUCUGUACUGCUAACUGCACAGCUAAUGGAGCUAAUUAGCUAAGGGUAGUCAGUGGUUGGCACUUAUUCUGGUGAAUCACUGCCCCAUUUUUUUAUGAAAUAUGUCAAGAUUCCAAUUCUUACAUACUGCACCAUUUAGUUCCCCUUUUUUAACGGAUCCACCAUUUCAUCAGUCUUGUGAGCUGUUGCUGGAUGUAAAUAGUUUGUGUGGGUUUUGUCAUUUUCAACGGGAAGUACAACACUCAUAGAAGGCAGACCAAAAUAACUUUUGACUUUAUACCCAGUUUCCACCAUGAUGGAAUUGUUCACACACAUAAUUCUGAUUUUGAAUCAGCUGGUAAAUUUCAACCAAAAAUAAAUGUGUUAACCAAAGUGCAAACCAAAGUGGGCCCGUCAUGUUCUAGAGGUUAUUGUUCAAAGCCCUCCGAUACGAGCUGUUUCACUGAAUUACACCAAAACCGAAUCAAGAACCAGAGAUAAUUUGUUGGAACGGGCUGUAGACAACCACAGACCGUACAUAAAUCAAGUUGCAUCACAAUACAAACUAGAAUGGCAUUCAGUGGAGCACAUACCUCCACCCGCACCUUAUAUUAAACUCAACAGUCAACCCAUAGCUGCUUGAGCAUGAUUUUAACUUCUAGGAUCCGCAUCAAGUCCUACUCACUCACCUGUGCAGUAUUACCUGAGAAAAAAUGUUGAAAAACACCCUGUCACACUGUAAAGAAAUUUAGAAAGAAAUUCCUGGAUCCCUCCCUUUAUCCGAAUCUGUACCAAAAGUUAAUGGGGUCUGUUCUGGGCUAAGAUUCAUCCCCCAUUCAAGUUUGAUGGAAAUCUGUUCAGUAGUUUUUGCGUAAUCCAACAAAUCCAAACCAACAAACAAACAAAUGGACACGGGUGAAAAUAAAACUUCCUCCAGUGGACCUUUAAGUGCUCUACAAGGGUUAAAUAUCUCUGUAACUAGAAGUUUCUUAUAUUAAUGUGCUUUCAGAGAGCAAUGGGGCAACCUCUGAUUCUCAGCAAAUAGAUCAUGGAAGUUCCUGCAAAUAGUACAAGAUACAGUGCAGAGUUGAGAGUUGAUUCAAGAAAUUGACAGAUCGUCUUAAAGUAACUAACAGCAGGGUUUUCACACACAGGUCACAGCUCAUGCAGCACAGACUUAUUUCUAAAAGCAACACAAAGCCAGCAGCAGGCAGCUCUGAAGUGACCUUUACUACUUAAAGCUUUUUACUGUCCUGAUGGAGCUCCCCGCAGACCAUCAUAAUCCUCAUCUGCCCGACUCAGUUUUGGAAGUGUCUCUUUAUCUCGUUGUUUCAAGAUGCAGAAAUGGACUCUUGAUAAUCUGUGAUAAAUUUCACAAAACCGAAAGUCCCAUUUUUCUGUGUUUAAAAUACAGCAGUGAUUCAACUUCCUGUCAGUGCAUUACUCAUGAGCUGUUCUGAACACUGUGUGCCUGCUGUGAAAAAUCCUCUGUGAAAAAGAAAUGAUGCAUUUAAUGUUUUUUUUCUGGUUUAAGAAGUGAGCAGAAGACUUGACUAGUUUACAGGUCCACCACAGACACUGUGGCUGAACAGUCAAGGAAAAGUUCGACACACAAAACGGAAUAAAAAGUUUGAAUCAAAUCAAAAAGGAUUAUUUACCCUGAUCAUCUGUCAAACCAGGUGAUCUCCUCUGAGAUAUAUGAAGGAAUGGGAUAACUCAAGUUGUUAGAUUUCUGUAUGUUCAAUACAUUGGUGGAAGAUGGGGUAAGUCACGCCCUUUACGAGGUAACAAUGAGCAGUUGAAGGUCCAGUGUGUAGGAUUUAAAGGCAGCUCUACAAGCAGAAGUGUAAUAUAAUAUUAAUAAUUACAUUAACAUUAGUGUAUAAUCACCUGGAACUAAGAAUCGUUGUGUUUUAAUGACCCUAGAGCCAGCCGUAGGGGAAGAGGAGACGAGGGGUGUCAGGAAUUCAGAGGAUGAACCACAGAUGAUUUCCUUAAAACAAAUCACAAAUCAUUUCCAAUCACAGUUGCAGUUAAUUCAGAGGGGUCUUCCAAUCUGCAACGUCUGCUGCUAGAGGCUACUUAAUCCUGCACCCUGGACCUUGAAUGAAACAGGGGGAUGCAGUUUCUUUCUGUGCACUUAAACGUGGUUUUUUUUAAGUUGAAGUACGUGUCCACUGUAGUCACUCGUCACACUGUUGGUGGUGCUCACUGCAAGGACAUUUGCCACAAAUCUGGAAUUUGUCACAUUCAGCCCUAUCAUGGUGGAUUUUUGGGGGGUGAAUUAGUUUUGUUUACACGUUUGCACUUGAAGUAGCUUUACAAGUUGAUGCAUUCUUCAUUUGCAGCUUGGACUUUUCUGGUAAUAAAAGUUGUCUUUGCACA